UGUUGAUCAAAGUAAUAGAACAAAAAUGCGGUAUUUGUGUCACAUUUUCUUAUAUUAUUAAUUUGUUUUAUUUUAUUUUUUAGAGCAAGAGCAACUCUAGUGUUUUUUUGUUUCUGUGUAACGUUGAAGCCAGUGAUAUUAUCACCUUGUCUUGUUGAUACUAACACAGUCAUUUAGGGAAAAAGGCUAUUCUAUUGACAUCUGUGGAGAAGACUUGAGGAUAACCAGUUUGCAGAGAAUCAACGAUUCCAUACAGAUGAAAAUUUCUCUUAGUGAGAAAAUGUUCAAUAGCUUAUUCUUUUGGAAGAAAAAGUUUUAGAGCAUAGAAGAUGGAUAAAUCUGUAAAGGCAAAUAAAGCUCUUAUGGCCUGUGAUUCAUCAGUUAAAGCAUUUGCUGGGGAUACAAAGGUUGAGAUUCAAACUAAUUCCUGUAAUUUACAAUUAACGUUCUUUUAUCAAAUUCAUACUGGAGAAAAAUCCUAUUCUUGUGAUGUAGGUUAUAAAGGAAUAUCUGAGAAACGGAAUUUGAAACGACAUCUCCGCACUCAUAUGAAAGCAAAACGUUAUUCUUGUAAGGUAUGCUGUAAAGAAUUUUCUACGAGAGGUAAUUUAAAUAUGCAUUAUCGAAUUCACACAAAUGAAAAGCCUUUUGUUUGCGAAGUGUGCAUGAAAGCAUUUACUCAAAAAAAUACUUUAAUUGAACAUUAUCGAAUUCAUAAAGGUAUUUCUGGAAAAAAUACAAUGGUGAAAGCCUUUUCAACUCUGACAAAGGAAAAACAUUACUUUUGUGAUGUAUGCUGUAAAGAAUUUUCUGCUAGAUGUAGUUUAAUAUUGCAUUAUCGAACUCAUACAAAAGAAAAGCCUUUUGUUUGUGAUACGUGCAUGAAAGCAUUUUCUCGAAAAGAUCAUUUAAUUGAGCAUUGUCGAAUUCAUACAAAAGAAAGACCUUAUGCAUGUGAUUUUUGCAAGAAAAAUUUUUGUCGGAAAGGAGAUUUAAAAUUACAUUUUCGAACCCACACAAAAGAAAAACCUUAUUCUUGUGAUGUAUGUUUUAAAGAAUUUUCUUGGAAAAGUAAUUUAAAUUCGCAUUAUCGAACUCAUAGAGAUUAAAAGCUUUAUGUUUGUGAUGUGUGCAUGGAAACAGUUUUUUGAAGCAAAAAUUAGUUAAUUGAGCAUUAUAGAAUUCAUACCGGUUAUUAGCUAUAUUCUUGUGAAUUAUGCUGUAAAAUAUUUGCUCAGGAAAGGAGUUCAAGAUACUUUCAUCACUCAUAUAAAAGAAAAACCAUUCCCUUGUGAUGUCUGUAUUAAAAGGUUUUGUCAGAAGAUUGAUUUGAAGAUACAUUAUCAAAAUCAUUAAAAUGAAGAAUUCCAAAUCAAUAUUAGCGAAUCAAUGAGCAUUUUCGAAUUCACCCAAAUCUUUUUCUUGUGAACAGAGCCGGAAUUUUUUUAUAAAGAGGCCUGGGUUCAAGAAACCAUUUGGGGUCCUGAAUUUUUUGUACAGAGAAAAAAAUUACAAACACGAACAUAUAUUACUAUUGCAUGUUUAUUUAAUGCGUGAUUUUGUUUUUGCUAUUAAUUACUUAAGAGAAAUUACAAUAUUUUGCAAUUUUUUUUUCGAUGCUUAACCCUUUCUAGGGCCAUGGGAAUUAUGCUUCCCUCGUAAUUAUUCAAUUUUUGUUUGCAUUUAUGUAGAUUGGAAUAAGUUCUGACGAAUUUUUCAAUAAGGCAAAGACUUAGAUGCUUCUGUUCCUUAUGUCACACAAAAUAGUGUAUCUUGAUUUGUUACUUAAUUAUUAAUUAACCAAUUAAUUGAUUAAUCAAAUUAAAUCUAUCUAAUGAACUAAAUGAAUCAGUUUUCUUAAAUCAAUCUCACUCUUGAAAAAUAUUUUAAUGUAUCAUGAUUAGAAAAAAAAGGCCUCUUUUAGGAUUAAUAUAGCAAAUGCACUUAAGCGCUCUGUAGACAUGCUUGACUGAAGACAAUUCUUUGUUAAUUUUGAUUUGCUGAAAGAGUGUUCAGCACUUGUUGUAGUAACUGGCGAUGUAAAGAAAAGUUUCAACACAGUCAAUACAUUUAGAAAUAAUUCAUUAUAAUUAAGUGUGUACUACAGUAUGUCUACAUUAUUUACAUCCCUUUACUACAUUUUAUACAUCCCUUUUAUUUGAAAUCAAAUCCUGUAGCAAAUCAAUUUCUUGGAUUAGGUUUUCAUUUACAUUGUUGUUAUAAAAUUUUACUAAGUUUUGGGGAUAUUUUUCUAAAUACUGUUUUUCUAAAGUUCUUUUUUUAUCAGUGAUUAAUUUAAAAUACUUUUAAAUUUAUAUUGUAUCUCUACA